CCGUUCACUGUGCAGACACAUGUUGUUGAGAUCAGAGCUCAGACUAUAGUUUCACUUCUCAGACACUGAAACUCAGACAGUCGUUUGUCACUGAGAGGUGAAAUGGCGCAGAAAGGAGUUGAGCUGGAGCGGGAAUCCUUCUCUUGUUCCAUCUGUCUGGAUCUACUGAAGGAUCCGGUGACUAUUCCCUGUGGACACAGCUACUGUAUGAGCUGUAUUAAAACCCACUGGGACAAAGAGGAUGAGAAGAGGAUCUACAGCUGCCCUCAGUGUAGACAGACCUUCACACUGAGGCCUGUCCUGGGGAAAAACACCAUGUUGGCUGAUUUAGUGGAGCAGCUGAAGAAGACUGGACUCCAAGCUGCUCCUGCUGAUCACUGCUACGCUGGAGCUGAAGAUGUGGCCUGUGAUUUCUGCACUGGGAGAAAACUGAGAGCCGUCAAGUCCUGUUUGGUUUGUUUGGCCUCUUAUUGUGAAAAACACCUCCAACAUCAUUAUGAUGCAGCUCCGUUAAAGAAGCACAAGCUGGUGGACCCCACCAACAAGCUCCAGGAGAACAUCUGCUCUCGUCACGAUGAGGUGAUGAAGAUGUUCUGCCGCACCGAUCAGCAGUGUAUCUGUUAUCUCUGCUCUGUGGACGAACAUAAAGGCCACGACACAAUCUCAGCUGCAGCAGAAAGGACGGAGAGGCAGAGAGAGCUCGAGCUGAGUAGACAACAAAUCCAGCAGAGAGUCCAGGACAUAGAGAAAGAUGUGAAGCUGCUUCAACAGGAGCUGGAGGCUGUCAAUGGCUCUGCUGACAAAGCAGUGGAGGACAGUGAGAAGAUCUUCACUGAGAUGAUCCGUCUGGUGGAGAAAAGAAGCUCUGACGUGAAGCAGCAGAUGAGAUCCCAGCAGGAAACUGAAGUGAGUCGAGUCAAAGAUCUUCAGGAGAAGCUGGAGCAGGAGAUCACUGAGCUGAAGAGGAAAGACGCUGAACUGAAGCAGCUCUCACACACAGAGGAUCACAACCAGUUUCUACACAACUACCCCUCACUGACACCACUCAGUCCGUCUACACACUCAUCCAGCAUCAACAUCCGUCCUCUCAGGUACUUUGAGGCUGUGACAGCAGCUGUGUCAGAGGUCAGAGGUCGACUACAGGACGUCCUGACUGAGUCAGAGACAAACAUCUCACGGACAGUGACUCAAGUGGAUGUUUCACUGUCACAACCAGAGCCCAAGACCAGAGAGGAAUUCUUAAGAUAUUCACAGGAAAUCACACUGGAUCCAAACACAGUAAACACACUUCUGUUAUUAUCUGGGGGAAAAAGAAAAGUGACAGGAAUGAGAAACGAACAGUUUUAUUCUAGUCACCCAGACAGAUUCACUUAUUGGUCUCAGGUCCUGAGUAGAGAGAGUCUGACUGGAUGUUGUUACUGGGAGGUGGAGUGGAGAGGAAUAGUUAAUGUAGCAGUCGCAUACAAGAAUAUCAUCAGAGCAGGGAUCUCAGAUGAAUGUAGAUUUGGAUUAAAUGAUAAAUCUUGGGCGUUAUAUUGUUAUGAAAACACUUAUAACUUUUAUUACAACAGUAUCAAAACUCCAGUCUCAGGUCCUUGGUCCUCCAGAGUCGGAGUGUACCUGGAUCACAGUGCAGGUGUUCUGUCCUUCUACAGCGUCUCUGACACCAUGACUCUCCUCCACAGAGUCCAGACCACAUUCACUCAGCCGCUUUAUGCUGGAGUUGGGAUUAUUUUCUAUGAAUCCACAGCUGAGUUCUGUAAACUAAAAUAGACUUGAGUCAUUUAAAGAGCAGUGAGUUAAACUCUGUGUUUAAACCUUUAACUUCUUUUCUCUCAAAGCUCCUUGUUGUUGUUGUUAUUGUUGUUGUUGUUGUUGUUGUUGUCAUGACAUUCAUGCCCAGCUGUCAGUCAAACACUGUGGGCGGAGCUCUGACGUGUCCUCAUUCGUUGUUGUGUCGAUGUUUUAGUUUGUCGAGGUGGAGCUGGAGCCGUGGACGAUCUCACUGCUCACGAUGACGUUCGUUCACCUCGACUGACUGAGAAUAUAAACGUGACUUUAUAAACCUUUUUCCUGAAUUGUCAAAUGAGCUGAGAUCUCUCCACAGAACUAUCAGACAUGUGCAAGUGAAAAGGACAUUUUCAUCAUGUCCUGUUUGGGAUCUAAUAUCAUGUAAAAGUUUUUAGAGGUAAGGUUGAUCAAUGUAGUGACUGCAAUUUUAUUGCUCUGCUGUUUUAAUCACAUGUUUUAAUGCUACUUGAGCAGCCUAACGUUUUAAAAAAGGAAUUCAAGAAAUCUUCAGUCGGAACGAGAGAGAUUAAGCCCAUAAGAGAACCACCACUGCCAAAAGGACUGUGGAUCAUAAUUCAGAUUUUAUGCGUUCUUUUUCCAAUUUUUAAUUGGACUUUGGAACCUCCGACGGCGUUGUGAGUUCGUUCUGAGACUUUGUUGCCCGGCAGGAAGGGCACGAUCGACUGGACCUUUCUUCUUCGCUCUCCAAAUUGAUACGUCAUCUACGCAGAGCCUCUAUACUGUGUUUAGUAUUUUGAUCAUCUUCUCAUCUUCAUCUAAUUGAGCUAUCUGCUUGCCCCUGCUAAAGCUUCAUAAAAAAUAUUUAAAUUGCAAUUAAAGUAGUUGUGGACAUUUUUUUUCUAUGAUAUUAAAAGGUUCAGAAGUUUUA